GAAUGGAAAAAGAUUCGCUAGUUCAGAGCCCCAGUGGGCAGACCUCCGGGCGUGCUAGCAGGAGUGCGCAGGCGCAGACUCUGUGGCUCUCCAUCGUCGCCUUUGUCUGCUGGGUCUUUCUGCAUAGCCCUGGCUGUCCUGGAACUCACUUUGUUGACUAGGUUGACCUCUGUUUCCUGAGUGCUAGGAUGAAAGAAGCAGCCUCUGGAGUUUAUACACAAAGAGGACACAGGAUGAAAGACUCAUGAGUUAAGUCUCAUCUUUCUCUAUAGAAAUAGUCUAAAACAAAUUGGAAAACCUAGGAGGCAAAGUACUCCUUCUGGGCACAGACAUUGUAUAUGGGACUCAGUUGAAGAAAAUUUGAACUGUAAUUACCCACAUUCAUAACUUACUUAUGAAAAUGAGCGAAACUGCAAGAAAGAAUCAUUAAUAUAAAGCAGUGCUGUAUUUCAGUCCCUUCUUGUAACCACCUCUGAGGGUACUCACAUAAAAAAAUCUCUCAUUAUAUAUUCAACUUCAUUAGAUACUUGUGAAUUAAUAUUGAAAAGAAAUUGUAUGUAUUUAGUGAAUGUGGAAAAGCUUUAAUCCUAUCUCAGUAGAUGCUAGGAGAAAACUCUUGUACAUAACAGAAUGUUGGAAAGUCUUCAUCCUGAGUCAGAUCUUCUACAUGAUGAACUUGAUCCCAGAGAGAAACUUUAUGAAUGUAAUGAAUGUAGAAAAACCUUCAGCCUAAAACAAAUCUUUGUAGAACAUAAGAAAAUGCACAGUGGAGAGAAAUCACACGAAUGUACAGAAUGUGGCAAAGCGUUUUCUCGAGUCUCAUCACUUACUCUACAUUUGAGAAGUCAUUCACGGAGGAAAUCAUUCAAAUGUAGUAAAUGUGGAAAAGCCUUCAGCCAGAGAGGAAACUUCCUUUCUCAUCAGAAACAACAUGCUGAAGAGAAACCCUAUGACUGUGAGAAAGCUUCUCUUCAGAUGACAAGCCUCAUUAGAAAUCAGAGAAAUACCGGGAAUAAACCAUUUGCAUGUAAGGAAUGUGGGAAAGCUUUUAAUGGCAAAUCAUAUCUCAAAGAACAUGAGAAAAUUCAUACUGGAGAGAAACCAUUUGAAUGUAAUCAGUGUGGAAGAGCCUUCAGCCAGAAGCAAUACCUCAUUAAACAUCAGAACAUCCACAGUGGGAAGAAACCUUUUAAAUGUAAUGAGUGUGGUAAGGCUUUUAGUCAGAAAGAAAACCUCAUUAUACACCAGAGAAUCCAUACUGGAGAGAAACCUUAUGAAUGUAAAGGGUGUGGGAAAGCCUUCAUUCAGAAAUCAAGCCUCAUUAGACAUCAGAGAAGUCAUACUGGAGAGAAGCCUUAUACAUGUAAGGAAUGUGGAAAAGCCUUCAGUGGUAAAUCAAAUCUCACUGAGCAUGAGAAAAUUCAUAUCGGAGAGAAACCCUAUAAAUGUAAUGAAUGUGGAACAAUUUUCAGGCAGAAGCAGUACCUCAUCAAACAUCACAAUAUACAUACGGGUGAAAAACCCUAUGAAUGUAAUAAAUGCGGGAAAGCCUUUUCUCGGAUUACAUCACUUAUUGUACAUGUGAGAAUUCAUACAGGUGAUAAACCCUAUGAAUGUAAAAUCUGUGGGAAAGCCUUCUGUCAGAGUUCAUCUCUUACAGUGCAUAUGAGAAGCCAUACUGGUGAGAAGCCCUAUGGUUGUAAUGAAUGUGGGAAGGCUUUUUCUCAGUUCUCAACUCUUGCGUUACACAUGAGAAUCCACACUGGUGAAAAACCCUAUCAAUGCAGUGAAUGUGGGAAAGCUUUCAGCCAGAAGUCCCAUCACAUUAGACACCAGAGAAUUCAUAUUCAUUAAAACUCUAUAAAUGCCUUAGAUUUAGGAAUGCUUGAGGAAAAUCUAUGAUUAGUAAUAUAUCAAAAGAUUUGUCUUACAUUAAAGUUAUACAAAGCUAGGAAAACCUUCUGUAGUAACUCAAAACUUAAAUACAAUAUUUAGUAAGAUGUAUCACAGUAUUAUAUACUUCCUAGACUCUCACAAUGAAAGUUAUUAGUAUUGUAAUUUUAGGACCCUUCUCAAUGAACUUAGAGUCCAAUGAUUCCAAUUAGCAUAGUCUUAGAAAGCUUAUCAAAUGUAUUAAGAUAAUAUGAGCAAUAUAAAUGUUUGACAUUAAAAGGCAAAAAUAUUUUUGAUAUUUGCUUUGCUAUAUGGAUAAUUUGUAAAAAAUCGUUUUUCAAAGCAGGCAUGUUGGGACAGGGUCUCCCUAUGUACAUAGCCCAGGGAGACCUUAAACUCACUCUGUAGCCCAAGUUAGCCUCAAGUUUCUGGUAAUCCAUUUACUCAGCCUCCCAAUGCUGCAAUUAUAUACAUCACCAUGCCAACUCAGAAGUCUUUGUUGUAGAAUUGUAUAAAAUUGAGGUCAGGACAGAAUAUUGAAUCUAGAAAUAUGAAUGAAUUCCUGGGGGAUUGGUAAUUGAUUCUGGCAGUAUUCCACAUCAAUGGGAAAAUCAUGGAUGACUUAAAAAAUAAUCUCAUGAUAAUUAACUUUUUGUAUGGGAAAAUAAUAGACCUCUGAUGUCCUCAUUUAUUAAAGUAUUUCAUAGGAAUUCCAAUGUCUUUGCAGAAAGCAAAGCUUUGUAUAAAAAAUUUGUUAAGAGUAUGGGUUCUGAGACUUGAGUAGGACAGAAAUUCUAGAUUCUAGAAUCCUCAGCUGUUAUUCUUGAGCAUUUAUACUUAUUCUCAAGAAACUGAUAUGCUUAUGUAGGGAGUUAUGUACCAGUCAGUCUGUAAAUUGCAGCAUGAAUUAUGGUAGCAAAAAAAACGGGCACAGGUGUUUGUUGCUUAUGAAGUAGAUGAAUAAAAUGUAACAGUCAUACAGUAGAAUACUCUAGCAGCUAAGCACAACAGGUUAAAUCUAUGUUAACAGCAAAAGGAAAAGAAAAAAAUUGGCAUGAAGAAAAUUGAAGUGAUGGAUAUAUUGUGAUGAUUCCUGUGUAAAUUUAAAUAAAACCAACUUGUCGACUCUGGUA